GGUUCUAGUUGUUCGUGUUGAUUUGGUUGCUAACUGACAAAACAUUACCUUUUCUUGUCAAAAAAGUCCAUAAAACAGGCUCUAGAAUUCUUCUAAGAUGACAUCUCAAUACAGAGUUGCAGACUCCAAAAGAGAAGAGUUUAGAAAAUACUUGGAAAAGGCGGGAGUUCUCGAUGCUUUGACGAAAGUUCUGGUUAAUCUCUAUGAAGAACCCGAAAAGCCUUCAAAUGCCUUAGACUUUGUACAAAUGCAUCUUCAUGGAGGAGGACCUGAUGGUGCUGAUGUUGAGGCCCUAAAGCUUGAAGUAGCUGAACUCAAACAAACUGUUGAACAAUUGACAGCUGAAAAUGCAGAGCUAAAACAAAGGCUUUUGACAUUUGAACCUCAAGCUGACCAAGAACCUGAAAGUUGAAAUGAUGGCUGUGAUGAGAAUCGUUUUGUAUUAUUUUGUAAGAUAUUGCUGGCAGCUAAAGUAGUAAUGUAAAAUGUUCAUGAAUAAAGCUUUUUACAAGCUAUCAA